UAUUAACCUUAAAUUCAAACAUUUAUCCAUUACUUGUCGGUCCAACGAGAUACCGUUUUUGGGUGUUUCGCUUUACGAGAUUACUGCUGCUUACUCAACGAAAGGGGGGAGGUUGUCAACACUCGAAUAAAUACCUGACACGAAAAAAUUCCGGCUUUCAAAUGCGUCUGUUAUUAUUUUUUUGUUGAAUUUUCGUGCGUAUGUACAGUGGAUGGUACGAGAAGCGAAUUGCUCAUUGUAUACAGCAAAUUCCAAUGACGCCGAGGACGACUAUUCUCAGCUUCACCGGGCAACGAGAGGCCUGCCGUGACGAGUCCUCCGGAUCUCCAUCGACGAGAAGCUUUGCAGCCCAACCUCCCACACCGUUCGAGUAAUUCAAAUAAUCGUGGGUUAUGGAAAAAGGGAAGACGAAGCAAUGGCCUCAGUAUCUCGCAGCGCUGACAGCCACCGUAUCGUUGGCUAUAACAGGCUGUCACAUAGGGUGGACCUCGCCCAGUUUGCCACUGUUGAAAAGAGAGGACUCGCAUUUGCCAGUGACGUCGAGCGAGGCCUCUUGGAUAGCGUCGUUCUUCCUUCUGGGUUGCAUACCCGGUUGCAUAUUGGCAGCUUUCGUGGUUGAUCGUUUCGGGAGAAAAAGCAGUUUGCUUAUCGCCGGCGCACCGCUGUUUUUCGGAUGGGUUCUCAUAAUCGUCGCGUGGAAUCCUUACAUCCUGUACGCGGCUCGUUUCAUCAGCGGCAUCGGCCAGGGCAUUGUGUACGUCGUGUGUCCGAUGUACAUCGGCGAAAUAGCUGACAAAAAUAUUCGAGGGGCCCUGGGUACUUGCAUCAAAUUGAUGGUGACGUUUGGGGAACUUUACGCCCACGCGAUCGGGCCGUUCGUCCCUUACGAGUGGCUGGCUUACUACUGCGCCAUUAUUCCAAUAAUAUUCUUCGUGUCGUUUGCCUGGAUGCCCGAAUCGCCGUAUUAUCUGCUGAUGAAGAACGACCAAGCGGGAGCUGCCAAGAGCCUCCGACGUCUCCGGCGUUACACGAAUCCUGAUGAGGUUCAAGAGGACAUGGAUCAGAUGGCUAAAUCGGUCCUCCGAGAUUUGGCGAACCGCGGUCAUUAUUGGGACCUUUUUGACACCCCGGGGAAUCGGCGGGCGGUCGUAAUCAGCUUUGGCCUGCAAUUGAUUCUCCAGUUCAGCGGUAUCGCCGCGAUCGAAUCUUACACGCAGGAGAUCAUGGAGGAAAGCGAUUCUGGCCUCUCGGCGGGGGUCGCCGUUAUUAUUUUGAGCGUUUUGCAACUGGCAGCCGGCCUGGGCGCGGCCGCCCUGGUCGAUCGGAUCGGACGCAGGCCGCUUCUUCUUUCAACGACUUUUCUCGCGGGCCUUGCUCUCACGACGAGUGCCCUCUUUUAUCUGAUGAAACUCCAUUUCGGUUACUCGAUGGAAGGCUUCGGAUGGGUCCUCGACACCUCGGUCAUGUUUUACGAGCUCAUCAUCGCUCUUGGCCUCAAUCCCUUGCCGUACAUGAUGCUCGGCGAAUUGUUUCCAACGAACGUCAAAGGCGUCGCGGUCUCAAUGGCCAACCUGUGGGCGGCCCUCCUCGCAUUCGUCGUCUCCAAAAUGCAUCAGGUUGUCACUGACACUUGUGGAAUUUACGCCGCCUUCGGAUGGUUCGCAUCGACCUGCUUCUUCGGAAUCGUAUUCAUAUACUUCGUCGUCCCCGAGACGAAUGGUAAAUCGCUGUUGGAGAUUCAGGAAGAGCUCAACUGCCGCCGGAAACAUCGAAAGAGCAAGGAAAAACGAGCCAACGAAACUUGCGGAGAAAUAUAUGUGAGCCACAUCUGCUGAAAGCAACGAUAAUAAUUGUCACUCCGAGAACUAUCACUUCGUUCCAAUCGAAAUCCGAUGCUAUUGAAAUCGAAUGAGAAUUUCACUGAAAACUCUCACGAAUCGAGCAACUUUUUCGACUUUUCGCGCAUCACUCGUUCCUAUCUAACGAGCUCUACAGUCUGAUAUUUCGUAGACUUUUUUUUACUCUGGCAUAUCUCCGAGGAUCCACCGCCGUGGAAAUUAAACGGUACGUUGAAAUUAUUAGGCUAGAGAGCGUUCAGCACGCAUUCCCUUCUUUUAAAAUACUUCGGCAUCAUUUAUCUUUUACAGCUUGACGAAUCAAUUCGAAUUUAAGGAGGCUCGAUCGCGAAAUCAAAAUAAUCAGAAUUUCAUCAAAUUUCGUGAUUACAUUCUUUGGCAUCGAGUAUACAAAUACAAUUUUUUUCAAAUUUUUUUACCACAUCGUUGUCGCAUAAUUGAGCGUUAACAUCCAAGUUCUUAUGCACGAGAUGUACAACUGUAUAUGUGUGUAAACUGUAUGCUUAUACGCGUGAACUUUAGUGUUCAAUUGCUCGAGAGCUAUAUGUGGUGGAAAAAUUUUAAAAAAUGUAUAUUUUUAGUUAUAUAUUUUUAAAGAACAGAUUUACCAAAUUUUAUGAAAUUCUCGUAAUUUUGAAAUUCUUAAUAUUUUUACCAUGGUUUAGCAUGGCAACAUUGUAUCGUCGUGAUCCACCCUCCUUAAUAUUUCCGCGUUACUCGACUCAAUAGUCUCUUUGAUCUGAUAGAUUUGCUGGAACUUUUUCAUCACCAGAUGCUAAAAUUUUUGUCUCCAGACUCGACAGCGUUUUGCUGUCAGACAUAUUUAGAAUAAGGAGUUUCAACGGCGAAGGCGAAUCGCGUCCGGUAUGCUUUUACUCGAGACUCGACUACUCCGAAUAUACGCUGUGCUUUCCCUGAAGUUGGUGACCCGUGUCAACCAUGUUUUUUAAUCUGAUGCGUUCUGUAAAAAUAUUAAUGGGCAUCUACCUUGAUAACGACCAUUCGAGUGCAUCAGUUAGCUUUUAUUUUAAAAUCGUUUCUAUAAUCGUUCCAACCACGCGUCGUGUGUUAAUUAUCGAGAGGUUUUUCGAACCCACGAAGCGUGAUAACAACACACAUGAACGAAGAAGAAAACUAUUUUUACGCGGUAAUUUUCAAGUUUAUCGCAUUCGGUCCGGAAUUGUAACUAUUCACUGAAUUCUUUCGCCCGGGGCUGUCGAUCCGAUACCAUUAACGUUAUUGCAGAUCGAUGAAAAAUCGAGCCUCCGGGCAGUUGCGAUGAGCUUGGCUUUUCGGACUUUGUCCUUAUCGGCGACUGUUGACUUUUCAUUUGAGAACGAACGAGGGGCGUGAAACCGGGGAGAAAUAUAAUUAACGUUAUUCGAUUUCGCAACGAUUGUAGAAACGAUUUUCAAAAGAACAAUUCGUUUUAAACAUCGGAUUGAAAAAGCGUCGAAUGCCCUUGAAAUCCGAGAGGAAAAAUGGUCGUUAAGCGGGACGCGUUUCGCCUGCGACGUAGCGUUUAAACGAGCGUUUAAAUCUUCUAGAUGAGUAAGUUGGAUCAUCUUUCAUGUCAAAAUAUCAUUGCACUCAAUUAAUCAAUUUGCCAAGAUCACAGUUCGCCAGUGCGUUCUGUAACGCGAAGCCUGACAACGUCGAGCGUCUGCGCGUGUAGAAACUUACGCGAAAUUUUCAUCAAAGAAUAUUUUACCGGGGGGAUUCGUGGUUCGCGGCUCCGCAAGCUCCACCCUGACGUCCUUGGAAUUAAUCGUCGUCAAUCGGCUUAUUAGGCGAGAGCGAUGUCUCCACGCUUCUCGUGUCGAGCACACUCGCGAAGGCGCCACGUUGUCGAUAAACGUCAUUCCGAAUAUCGUUCGGGCCCGUUGAACGAAUAAUUCAAUAAAGACACACUUGUCUCGUGUCUACGACAACAAACGAUUGUUGAAUCUUCGAAAGAAAAAAAAAAUAUAUAUAUCCACCCGCGCAUGUGGGCAUUCUCGCUGGCACGAAGGAUGAUCCGAGACCGAGCUCCGGACGAACGUUAAUUCGCUCAUUAUACGAGCUAGUGAAUAAGUUUUUUAGAUUCUAAUUCUUUCAUAGGCUAUAGAUCUAACAAGAUAGUUUUUUUUUUUUAUUAUUUUUCUUUUUUUUUCAAUUGGCCAGAAAGAAAGAAAGAAGAACAAGGUGAUCAAGUAUUUUCGGUUCGUAAACGAGACCGUUGUAAUAUACCGCUGCAAAUAGCACAGAUUCCCGUUGAGAGUGGCGCAAGAGCAAGGGCCCAAAAAAAAAAAAACAAACAAAAAGAUGAAAAAAAAAAAAGAGAUAAAAUCGUGCAGAGCAAUAUCGCAUGACCAUCUUCUAUUCCCUUUUAGGCAGGGUUAAAAAAAUACGACUGAGACUGAUAUUUAUAUUAAUCGUAAAGUAUUUAUUCGUCGCACCGGAGACAGGACGUUCGAGAGAUGAGUAGAGAAAUAUAUGCUUUCGAAAAUCCUCGAUACAACACUGAAGUCCGUCUUUGGUCGCGACUAGAAACAUCAUCAUCAUUUGAUAUUUCCCUUUGAGGCAGGGUGCAAAUCAACCACUGAUUAACGACUUUGACGAUUAUUUAUUACGUUGUCGAUCAGAAAGAAUGAGGUAUAUCGAGCCCUUUCGAUGCGUUAACUCUGCAUCAACGAAAGUAACGACGUCGAACGGGCGAUAUUUACGCUCGAGCUUACGGCCCCGAUGCAACAAGAGAUUUUAGGCGAGCACUGCAGCAUGACUAACUUAUUCGUUUCCCUUUUAGGCAGGGUGAAAUAUUGUGACGUUAUAGUAAUGCAUAAGUUCGCGUGUCUGAGAAUGAAGGACGAGAGAAAGAGAGAGAAAAAAAUACAACUGGCCCUUACAACAAUGUAAAAUUAAAUAUGCCAAUCUAUAAUAUGUAUCCCAUGCAUUAUUAUAUAUGUACGUGUUUAACGCCAAAUCUGAUUGCGAGACAAAAAGUUUUAGCUCCAAACGAAACUAAGAAAUCUCAGUAAGGUUGUUGUCCCUUUGUCUUGAGAAUCAGAUUUGGCCGGGGUACCGUAAACGUGUAACGAAAACGUGUAUUUCGCCGACGAGAUAUAUUUACAAAGCAGGAUUAAUGUGUUUUAACCGUGAAGGAUAUUAAUCUCAACGAUAUUAUCAAUGACGCCAGAUUCCGAAACGAAUGGAUUACGAGAGAAAAAAAGGAAGAUUAAUUGACUCGAGCUGAAUUUUUAGAUCGAAGAAUCGGAUUCCCCGAUCCAAAGAUUUCGUUGUACAAAAAUAGGUCGAAACUCGUCGAAAUACACGGUUUUAUAUUUUCUGUAAAUUCGUAAUUUACAAAUUGCAUGACUCUCUACAUGUCCCUUUUAGGCAGGGUUCGAGACAAAUGAAAUACGAAUUCAACGUGAUCUUAUUUCGUAACAGAUUUCUACCGUGUAGAAGUUUGCAAUAGUAUAAGGAAACGAAAAGAAGAAGAAGAAGAAAUCAAUUUUAAAAUGUUGAAGCAUUGUACUUCUUUAAUAAAGACGUUUGAACGAUAAAA